CGCAGCAGCGGAGCUGGGAACCGCUAGGCUGCUCUGCCGUCCAAGCCCAGGUCCUGACGGGGAGCCCGAGAACGAGGGGGAACUUUGGGUUUAAAAGAAUGAGCAUCCAGGUGGUGGUGAGGCCAACAUCGGCGCUUUGGGCUUCUUAGCCUUAGGGCGGUGUUCACUCAGGAGGGCGGGACCUCACCCAGCCACCUGCGUCCACUAGUGUCCGCUGGAGGCUGGCCGCGGGCGGAACCGGCGCUCUGCGUACUCAGGGUCUCCCGGCUGCCCGUGCCCGCAGGUCUUCGGGUCUUCGGGCCUCCGGCGCAGGGCGAUGCCGGCCUCGUCCACCAUCCACGUGCUGCAGCUGCUGCGGGAGCUGCUGGCCUUCGUGCUCCUCAGCUACACGGUGCUCCUGGGCGCAUUGCUGCUGGCCGGCUGGACCACCUACUUCCUGGUGCUGAAGUGACAGCGCCUCCGCGCGGC